UGCGCACAAUGGCCAGUCAGAAUGCCAGUGGCGAUGAGCAGAUACAACUUAUCCAAGUUGACCCCGUCCGGAGAAAAGUUUCACUGGCGCUGACCCAGAUCUUUGUGUUGCCCUUCAUCUACCUCAUCUUCCUCAUGCUCUUAAUAUUCUCCAAGAAAGAGACUUUCAGAACAGAAACACGCUAUAUAUUGUUUGGUCACUCUCUCCUGGUAGACCUAAUAUUUCUUUGUCUGACAGAUUUUAUUGUGCUCUUAUCAUACAACUUUGUUUUAAUACCGCUGCAUUUCUGUAUCCCCAUCUGCAUGUUAACGGAAGCAAUUGCAGUAAGUGCACCGUUAACCAUCGGUGCCAUGUGCGUGGAGCGCUAUGUGGCCAUUUGCAUGCCUCUCCGACAUCAUGCGAUCUCCACCUCUAGAAGAGCCAUAAUGGUGAUUUUAAUGAUCUGGAUCCUGAGCUCCAUAACCCCCUUUGUUGAUAUGUUCAUUCUUGUCAGCACUGCCUCUCGCGAAUACUUGUCUCAACUCACACACUGUCACUAUGAGAUUAUGAUUCCGGAAAAGAUUCAUCACUUUGCUAGGGGUCUGUUGUACAUUGUGGGGCUUGUGGUUAUUUUAAUCAUUGAAAUCUUUUGUUAUAUAAUGAUAUACCUUGCUGCACGUGCAGCAUCUGGUGACAAGUCAGCAUCAAAAGGGCAGCGCACCAUUUCCCUGCACAUAAUUCAGCUGUUUUUAUGUACUGCUGAGGUGAUGUGCCCUUACAUUGAGAGUGUAGUUAUGCAGUAUGAUAUUCAAAUAUAUCUGACUGUCCGAUUUAUAAAUUUCCUUACAUUUAGUAUCACUUCUAGAGCUGUAAGUCCUCUCGUCUAUGGGUUUAGAGAUGAGAAAUUCUAUGCAGCAAUGGCUUAUUAUAUCAGAUACAAAAACAAUAUUAUCUCAUCUGACACUGAUAAACAAACAUGA